GUCCAAGAGGCCCUGAGCAAGGUGGAUGACGCUGAGUCCAAGUACAAAGUCGCGCUGGGCGAGCAGAAGACGCGGUAUCAAGACGAGAUUGAUUCUCUGGGGCCCGAGAAGGCGCAACUCAAGGCGCGCCUUGCCGACUCUGAGGCACAAGUGCGAAUCCUGAAAUCGCGUCUUGAGUCAGCCACCGUGGACCCCUGGAAGUUCUCCGAUUUCCUUCGAGAGCACACAGACUUCACGGGUAAUUGGGAGCGCCUCCACGACCUCUUCAAGCUCUGCAUCAAGGGCUCGAAGCCUCCCGAAUUCUGGGACACUGUCAUCAAC